GUUUUUGGAUCACACCGGUAGAAGUAGAAAUAGUAAAGUAAUAGAAGAUUCCAUCUUCUUGGUAAUCUCCCGGAGUGCCACCUCAAUCAAAGCAGAACAUGGAAGAAAAGAUUAAAUUAAAGGAAAAGAUAAAAGAAAAUCAGCUGUUUCGAUGAAAUGUAAUGGAAUCGAUCCCAAAUUGGGAGUUUUCGCAUUCCGUUCCGUAUUAUUUCUACAUUUCGUUUGAUCUUCAUCUUCAACAAUCAACCCACUUCCCAACAACGCACCGGCACGAACUUCGAUAUACGAUUUCUUCAUGGCGGCCCAGCCCAGGGUCCUCACAGUGGCACACGACGGCUGUGCAGAUUUCUGCACGGUUCAAGAAGCCAUAGACGCGGUUCCAUUCAGCAAUACUUGCCGCACUAUAAUCCGUGUGUCUCCUGGAAUUUACAAGCAGCCUUUAUAUGUACCCAAGACCAAAAAUUUCAUUACUUUCGCCGGUUUGAACCCUGAGACUACUAUUCUCACUUGGGACAAUACUGCCACCAAAAUUAACCACCACCAAGCUGCUCGUGUCAUUGGAACUGGGACUUUUGGUUGUGGAAGUACAAUUGUGGAAGGAGAGGAUUUCCUUGCUGAGAAUAUCACGUUUGAGAAUUCUUCCCCUCAAGGUUCUGGACAAGCUGUGGCUAUCAGAGUUACAGCAGAUCGUUGUGCCUUUUACAAUUGCAGGUUUCUUGGUUGGCAGGAUACUCUGUACCUACAUUAUGGAAGACAAUAUUUGAAGGAUUGUUACAUCGAAGGAAGCGUGGACUUCAUAUUUGGCAACAGCACUGCUCUGUUGGAGCAUUGUCAUGUCCACUGCAAGUCGAAAGGCUUUAUUACUGCACAGAGCAGAAAAUCUUCUCAAGAGACGACAGGUUAUGUGUUCUUGAGGUGUGUGAUCACAGGCAGUGGUGAGACUUCUUACGUUCAUCUCGGGCGACCAUGGGGACCAUUUGCAAGGGUGGUAUUUGCUUACACACACAUGGAUGUAUGUAUCAAACCAGCAGGCUGGGAUAACUGGGGGAAAGCUGAAAACGAGAGAACUGCUUGCUUCUACGAGUACAAGUGUUUCGGGCCAGGGAGUUGCUCAAUGAAAAGGGUGUGUUGGGCAAGAGAAUUAUUGGAUGAAGAAGCUGAUGAGUUCAUUCUGCAUCGAUUUAUCGAUCCCGACGUGGAUAGGCCUUGGCUAUGCCAGAGGAUGGCACUGAGGAUUCCUUUUUCUGCUUAAGAAUAUGGGAUCAUGUUUAAAGGUUUCAAAACAGAAAUCAGCAGCUGAAAAGUAGUGUCCAAAUCUUGAACAUUUUGAUAGUUGGUGAUUGCAUAAUGAUUCUUCAGUUCUAGCCGGAGAUCGUGUUAUUAGCUCAUGUAUUCACACCUUUUUCAUAUCACUAUUAUCUCUCUCUCUAUCUAUAUAUAUGUGUGUGUGUUGCAUGAAAUUUCAUUUCCUUUUUUGUACUGCUAAUAUGUUUUGCAUACAAAAUUUAGCUAAGCCAUCAAUUUUGUAUAAAUUUGUAGUAAAGAUGAAGUGAUUUGUGGUUAAAUGAUGAUGUAGUUUGAUGAUGGUUUA